AGUCUGUCGCCGCUGACCAGACGCGACUGGUGCUUCCAUACAGUUGCCGGGACGGGGUCUCGGGUUCGUCCGGAAGUGCCGGCAAGAUCGAACUGUGAUAUAGUAUAGGGCCGGCAGAUCGUUGGAAGAUAUGCGUUUCGCGGGCAAGAAGGUGGACAUUCAGGUGCGCGAUCCGAGACUGGAGGACGUCGGCUGCUGCAACUUCUGUCUGGGCACCUGCCUGAACCCCUAUCCCAUCAACUUUGAGAUCAUCACAAUGUCCGACUCUCCGAUGCUCUGCGCCAACUAUAUGGUGGUGAGGCGCUGGGAUGAAGACUUCAUCAAGCUCUACAACAGUCUUCGCGACCAGUUUGCCUUCAAUGGGCCUCUGAUCUCGGCUCUGAACACCCACCGACCGCGGCGGCUCACACAACUCUCCGAGGACGCGGUCACCCUCCAGUGCGGCCUCCACAAGAAGCUGCUCAAGUGGAUCAUGAGCAACAACGCGUUCUACAGCAGCCACGACCUGCACGCGUUCAUCGGCUGCAAGGCGGACACGUGUCCCUCGCAGCACACAGAGUCGGUGAAGAAGUUCCCGCAGUACCCGCGCGGCACGCGACGCCGCCGCUCUGGCCAGCACGAGGACUGAGAGUGCGCCCGCCGCGCCGGGGCCGUACCGGUGGGAUAACUACGGUUUGACGUUCGACAUCAGAGCGAAGUGAGCUCCGCUGUCCAAUGGACAGUGUAAGGACGACCGCAAUGACCGGAGAGCAGCGACCGAGGCUGCAGGCUUGGUGGUCAGAUGUGUCUAGUGGUCUGAUGACAAGCGUGUCGAAUCUGAGGACCGCGAAACCAAGCCAAGAACUGGCUGAAUCCAGCGUCGCCAGAGGCGGUGUGACAUCGCGAUCUCUGUGACCAAUCAUCACGUAGCAAAGUGUGCCGAUCAGAAGAGAAGAAUCGCGGAAUGUCGAUGUCCAAUGACCACAAUCUUGGAAAGAGAGACAAUUGCGGGUCACGCAUCGACACAAGAUUGUAGACUUCACUGUAUCUCAUGAUUUUUGUAUCUCACGAUUUUGCCUGCCAAGCUCCGUGCUGUCGUUUAUUUAAACGGUUUGUGUACGACGAAUGUCCACGUGCUGAGUACAAAUAGUUCACUGCCAGGGGUUGCGUAUGUGCGUCGUAUUCAGACGGAUGUCUCGCCUCUUUGACUGGUGCGUCUUGGGCCAGAUUACUGACACCAGAGAGGCAUUAGGUGUGCCACCAUCAUGACGCUCAUAUCCGGUGUUUUACUGACAACCAUUGUGUAAUCAUUGUGUAAUUGUCUGGGGAGUCGUUUUAAUACAGGAUCAUACAUUCCUUCAA